AUGUGUCGGAGAUCAAGACUCCUCUCGAUAUCAAACAGGCAAUUCGGUUUCGGUCAAUCAAAUCCCACCUAUUUGCUUACUGCCGCCGAUGGCAAGCAAGUCGUUCUGCGCAAGAAGCCUCCCGGCAAGCUGGUCUCCAAGACAGCCCAUAAAGUCGAACGCGAGUACAAGAUUAUCAGAGCAUUAGGCGACACAGAUGUGCCCGUCCCUAGGGCAUACUGCCUAUGCGAGGACAGCAGCGUCAUCGGGACACCUUUCUACAUAAUGGAGUUCUUGGAUGGGCGGCAUUUCACUGAUCCAGCGAUGCCUGGCGUGAAUGCGGAGGAGAGGACUGCACUGUGGAAGAACGCCGUCCAAACCCUCGCCAAGUUCCACAGCGUGAUCCCUAAAGCUGUCGGGCUUGAGACCUUCGGCAAGCCGACAGGCUUCUUCGACCGCCAAGUCGCGACCUUCACCACCAUCUCGAAAGCACAAGCGGCCGUAGUAGACGCCGACACGAAAGAGCCCGUCGGCGAACUCCCCCAUUUUGACGACAUGGUCAACUUCUUCUCGCAGAAGGCCACGCAGCCUCGAGACCGCGGCACUCUCGUGCACGGAGACUACAAAAUCGACAAUAUGAUCUUCCACAAGACAGAGCCGCGAGUGAUCGGCAUUCUGGACUGGGAAAUGGCGACGGUGGGCCACCCACUCUCCGAUUUCUGCAAUCUCACUAGCCCCUACACCAUGGAUGGCGCCGACAGCCAGCUGUCGCAGUUCAAGCCGGGUGUUGUUCCAGGCCUGCCGGGGCGCCAGGAGUGCAUCCGCUGGUACGCCGAGACGUCUGGGUACGAGACUGGCUCUGACGUCGCGUGGGGCGACGCAUUCUUUGCGUUCCGGGGAUCCGUGAUUAUGCAGGGCAUUGCGGCCCGGUUUGCUGGGCGCCAGGCUAGUAGUGCCCGUGCUGAGGAUUAUGCGAAGCGGGCGAAACCGUUCGCGGAGGGCGCUUGGGAGAGAGUUCAGGCUGUGCAGAAGGCGAGUCUGAAAGGAAAGCUGUAG